AACAGUCUUUGUUGAAAGAGUAACGCGAAGGUUGAUAUAUAUAUUAUAUAUAUAUAUAUAUAUAUAUAUAUAUAAACAUAAAACUAGAUUUUGGCAUUGAAAUCUCCACAUUUUGUUUUUAUCUUUAUCUAUAUAUAAUAUAUAUAUAUAUAUAUAUAUAUAUUGCAUAUGCAUAUAUAUACAUAUAUAUAUAUAUAUAUAUAAAUAUUGUGAAAAAGAAGAGAGAUAUAUAUAAGAGAAGAUAUAAACAGAGAAAAUGAAUUUUUUAUUCCUAAUUGCACUUAUCUCAACUGGACGCCUUUUAUCGGCAUAUCAAUGGACAGCCACGGACGCAGAACCGAGUAAAGGGUAUGUGCAUAUAUAGAAAAAAAAGAAAAGAAAGAUCAAUUCAAUACCGUUAGAAUGUCACGAAUCAAAGUUUCUUUUUUUUCAUACCAUUUUUAUUUUCUUUUGUUAAAAAGAAAAAACUAAGGUUUACGAUAAUAAAUGAAGUUUUUUUAUUUGUUUACAGUUGUAUCAUAACAAAGCCUGGUUUCGUUCAGGAAAUUAUUUCACAAAAUGAAAGCAGAUGGUGCUGUACAUCGUCACCUGAAACGUGCUCAUGUACUUCUUCAGAUCUCCAAAAAGAACCUUGCAGUGGUUCUUGGUAGCAUUUUUUUUUUUGUUAUUUAAUCUUUUUCCUACUAUAAAAAUAAAAUAAUAUUUAUAUAAUUACAUAGAAAACAGAUAUUUACAAUACUUAUAAAUAUAUAUAUAUAUAAGUGCACUUCUAAAAUUAGGAUUGGCAAUAAGAUCACGUGCCUAGUUCAUCAUACUAGAAUGCGUACUUUUGUUAAAUCUUGUUGUGAAAAUCACGAAAAUGAUGAUGGGGAAUGUUUUCCUAAAAUUAAUUGCGAUAUAAACAAUGGAGGGUGUCAACAUAGCUGCGAGAAAGGACCAGAACGAUCCUAUUGUACCUGCAACGAUGGUUUUAAAUUAAUAAGCCGUAAAAAUUGCUCUGAUAUUAACGAGUGUCAAACGAAUAAUGGCGGCUGUGGCCAUACUUGCGAAAAUAACCCAGGCUCAUACAAUUGCUUGUGCAACUCUGGAUAUUUUCUUCUAGACCAUAAGCAAUGCCACGGGAGUUAUUCAUGCCUUUGUCCAGACGGCUAUGAAACUGAUCCUCUUAAUAACUUAAAAUGCUUAGAUAUCGACGAAUGUUCAAGAAGAGCAUCAGGUUGCAGUCAAAUUUGUACAAAUUCAAAAGGGAGUUAUAAAUGUUCAUGCGAAAAAGGCUAUCAACUAGCCCAGGAUGAGAAAAGUUGUAUAGAUAUUGAUGAAUGUUCAAAUGGUCAAUCUGGAUGUAAUCAACAAUGCAUUAAUAGAUCUCCAGGAUUCACUUGUGCAUGUUUUAAAGAAGGAUUUGUUUUACAAGUUGAUGAAAAGACUUGUAUAGAUCGAAAUGAAUGUCUAGUUAGAAAUGGUGGUUGUAUGCAUUCUUGUAAAAAUACUUACGGGUCAUUUAUGUGUUCAUGUAAAGCUGGCUAUAAAUUGGAUGCUGACGGUCGAAGCUGUUCUGAUAUCAACGAAUGUCAUUCACACAAUUGUGAUCAUUUUUGCCAUAAUGAAGAUUCUAAAUUCUCGUGUUCGUGUAAAGUUGGCUUUAAACUAUUAGAUGAUGGUAGAACAUGUCAAGAUAUAGACGAAUGUUUAUCUGAUCAUGGAUGCAAACACAGUUGUGAAAAUACCAUAGGAACUUUUAGAUGUGUUUGUCCAUCCGGUUUCAGAUUAAAACAGGAUGGUAAAACAUGUUCAGAUAUUAACGAAUGUAUAAAUAAUAAUGGCCAAUGUGAGCAUAUGUGCGAAAAUCAAAUUGGAGAUUUUAGAUGUAAAUGCCCAGAUGGAUAUUCUUUAAAAAUCGAUGGGAAAACAUGUGGUGACAUUGACGAAUGUAGGGUUGAUAACGGUAAUUGUCAAAAGACUUGUACAAAUACACCUGGAAGUUUUAUUUGCUCUUGUGGUAAAGGUUUCCAACUUAAUAUGGAUGGGAAAACUUGUAAAGACGUGAAUGAAUGUGAACUUGGCCAUAAAUGCGGUCAUAAUAACCAAUGCAUAAAUACUAUUGGAUCUUUCUCAUGUAUAUGCCCAAAAGGUCUAAUAAGAAAUACGAUUGACGAUUCUUGCAUUGGUAAACUAAUUUUGACGAAUGUCAAAACAAUAAUGGAGGAUGUAAAGAUAAUUGCAUCAAUUCAUAUGAAAAGAAAUUUGGCUUUCUGUAUUAAAAUAGAUAUAAACGAAUGUGACGUAAAUAACGGAAACUGUGAACAUAGCUGCUUGAACGAGAAAGGACGCUAUUCGUGCGAAUGCCGAGCUGGAUAUGUAUUAUCUUCAAAUGAUAAAACUUGUAUAGAUCUAAAUGAAUGUGAGUAUUCGAAUGGAGGAUGCGGACAGAUAUGUAUAAACUUGGAACCAGGGCACAAAUGCAGUUGUAAUGCCGGAUAUGUUCUUGAUUCUGACCAAAGGUCUUGUAAAGAUAUAGACGAAUGUGGUUCUUCACAUGGAUGUCAACAGCUUUGUUCUAAUGAAAAGGGGCGCUACAGAUGCGAUUGUAGGCAAGGUUUCAAACUGAAUAGGGACGCAAGAACCUGUUCUGAUGUAAACGAGUGUGUUGCAACUCAUUUUCCAUGUGAACAAGAUUGCGAAAAUACUGAAGGUAGUUAUAGAUGUUUAUGUCGUUCAGGCUAUGUUCUUUCUUCCAAUGGUUUCACUUGUCAAGAUAUUGAUGAGUGUGUGUCCAAUCCUUGCUCUUAUAAAUGUGUAAAUCUACCUGGUUCAUUCGCCUGCGUAUGUAAAGCGGGAUAUAUAUUGAGUAAAGAUUCAAAAACUUGCACGGACAUUGAUGAAUGUUUGACAAACCCCUGUUCUCAUACAUGUAAAAAUUCUCCUGGGUCCUUUGAAUGUCUCUGUGAAAAUGGAUAUAAAUUAGAUAUUGAUGGGAGAAAUUGCAAAGAUGAAAAUGAGUGCCUAACAAAGGGCACGGAAUGUAAAGGCUAUUGUGUCAAUACGCCAGGAAGUUAUUCUUGCGGUUGCAAUCAAGGCUUUCUUUCUGUAAAUGGAACAGAGUGUAUGGACAUAGAUGAAUGCAAAAAGUCUAAUGGACGUUGUUCCCAUAAAUGCCAUAAUUCAGCCGGUAGUUACUAUUGCUCUUGUCCAAGCGGUCUUCGUCUAUUAGAUGACAAGAAAACUUGUACAGAUUUCGAUGAAUGCUUUGAAGGGAGUUCCGGCUGCAAACAAUUAUGCUUUAAUACAGAAGCAUCUUAUAAGUGUAAUUGUAAGAAAGGCUAUAGAUUAAGUGCUAAUAAACACGAUUGCGAAGAUAUCGACGAAUGUUCUAUAUCUAAUGGAGGAUGCCAACAUACAUGCGCAAACACUGAUGGAUCCUUUUAUUGUUCUUGCGAAUUUGGAUACGAGCUUGAAGCAGAUCGUAAGUCUUGUAAAGAUAGAGAUGAAUGUGGUACUGCAAACGGUGGAUGUGAGCAUAUUUGUAAUAAUAAAAAUGGAAAGCAUAGCUGUACAUGCUAUAGAGGCUAUAAGUUAAAGGAAGAUGAGAAGUCUUGUGAAGAUUUUGACGAGUGCAAAGAGCAGACAUCAAAAUGUGAUCAUUUUUGUCACAAUACGGAAGGUGGAUAUAAUUGCUCAUGCAAACCGGGAUUUAUUCUUUCCGCAGAUGAUUUAUCGUGUCAAGAUGAAAAUGAAUGUAGUGAUAAUAAAGGAGGCUGUGAGCAGAUAUGCGUGAAUGAAUACGGUGGUUAUAGGUGUAAUUGUCAAGCAAAUUUUCAACUAGAUAAAGAUAAUAAAACGUGCAUUGAUUUGGAUGAAUGUAAGUUAAAUAAUGGUGAUUGUCAUCAAAAUUGCAAUAACAGUUAUGGUUCUUACGAAUGUUCCUGUAAUGUUGGUUUUAAGCUUAGUCUCAAUGGCAAAUCCUGCUUAGAUAUCGAUGAAUGCUCCUCGAACAUUUGUUCUCAUCCGCUAAUGGGCUGCAUAAAUAAUCACGGCUCCUAUCGUUGCUUUUGCGAGGACGGAUAUAAACUAAGCGAUGAUAAUAAUUUAUGCAUCGACGUUGAUGAAUGCCAGGAAAAGGCGAAUAAUUGCGAUCAAUUGUGUGUUAACACGGAAGGAUCUUACAGAUGUCAAUGUUAUUUGGGUUAUAAAUUAACUAACAAUAAAUGCAUUGAUAAGGACGAGUGCGCAACUGGAAAUGGAGGAUGCGAACAAUCCUGCAUAAAUACUGCAGGCUCUUACGAGUGUAAAUGUUCCGAGGGUUUUACUAUUGCAUCUAAUGCCUUUUCGUGUAUAGACAUUAAUGAAUGCACUACGAAAAAAUCACUUUGUCACCACAGUUGCAUUAACACGUAUGGUUCGUAUAAAUGCCGCUGUAAACAAGGUUUCGAACAAUUAGAAAACUCACCUAAUUGCACGGAUAUCGACGAGUGUUUACUGGCUAACGGCGGUUGUAAACAUACUUGCAGAAAUUCUCUUGGUAGCUAUAUAUGCCAAUGUAGAAAUGGAUUUCGAUUAGGCAAUGACGAUAAAUCGUGUAUAGACAUAAACGAGUGUCUAGAGACAAGCGGCAGAGGCUGUAAGGGGUAUUGUAGAAAUACUAUUGGUUCAUUCCAAUGUACGUGUAGUGAUGGUUUCACUUUAAUGUCGGAUGGUAAAACUUGUAAUGACAUUGACGAAUGCCUAAAUUCCACAUUAAACCGUUGUCCCAAUGAAUGCGUAAACAGUUAUGGUUCCUACUUAUGUCGAUGUAAAAUGGGUUUCAAAUUAUCGUUCGAUGGCAAUACUUGCAUAGAUAUUGAUGAAUGUAAAGAAGGUACUCAUGGCUGUCAGCAUCAAUGCGAAAAUUCUAUUGGAAGCUACCAAUGUCAAUGUCGGUCGGGUUAUAAUCUGGACAGAGAUGGAAAAUCUUGUUAUGAUAAAAACGAGUGUGGAGACAAUAAUGGUGGCUGUGAGCAUUUAUGUAAAAAUUCAGGAAUAGGGGAAAGGGAGUGUUUUUGUCGCAUUGGAUGGACUUUAGCCGAGGAUAAAGUCAGCUGCAAAGAUAUUAACGAAUGCGAAACAUCUAAUGGAGGAUGUGCUCAUAUAUGGUCUUUUCGGUGCUCUUGUAAUUACGGGUACGAAUUAUCCGUAUCGGAUUUAAAAACGUGUCAUGAUAUUAAUGAGUGCGAGAGACGUAACAAUUGUUCUCAAAUUUGUAUUAAUGAGGAAUCUGGUUAUUCUUGCUCUUGUAGAUCUGGUUUUAUACUUGGAAAGGAUAAGAAAACUUGCGAAGAUAAGGAUGAAUGUAGUGUAAAUAAGGGUGGAUGCUCUCAUUUUUGCAUCAAUUCCAAAGGAUCAUUUAAAUGCGAAUGCGCCAAGGGAUUUUUUCUCGGUAGUGACAGACAGCAUUGUUUUGACGAAAAUGAAUGCCUAAUUGGUAAUGGGGGUUGUGAACACAUUUGCAAGAAUACAUUUGGAUCAUUUCAAUGCCUCUGUCCCCAGGGCUUUACACUGGGUGCUAAUGGAAAUUUCUGUUCAGAUAUUGACGAAUGUGCCGUGUCAAAUGGAAACUGCCAACAAUACUGCCACAAUCGAUAUGGUUCAUAUAGAUGCACAUGCUAUCCAGGUUAUGAACUAGGACCUGAUGGUAGAACAUGUCACGACAAAAACGAGUGCUCCUUGAGAAAUGGGGGAUGUGACCAUAAGUGCAUAAAUACGAAAGGAUCUUUCAAAUGUGAAUGCCAAUCUGGUUAUGUAGUAGCUAAAGAUAAUAGGACGUGCAUUGAUAAUAAUGAAUGUGCAAAUAAAUCUAUAUGCCAACAUUACUGCAUUAACAUUCUAGGAAGUUAUGUAUGCUCUUGUAAAGUUGGUUAUGAGUUGAGAAAUAAUCACGACUGUAUCGAUAUUAAUGAAUGCGAAAAGAGUCUGAGGGGAAGAUGCUCUCAUAAUUGUCAUAAUACUGUUGGCUCCUAUUUCUGUUCCUGUAAGAAAGGUUUCCUAUUAAAUAGAGAUGGAAAGAGUUGUUCUGAUGAAAAUGAAUGCGAAACUAAUAAACAUAAUUGUCAACAAUUAUGUUUAAAUUCUAUCGGCGGAUACAAUUGUGCUUGUAAAACUGGCUUUGUUGAAAGCAUUACAAAUACAAGCGAAUGCGUCGAUUUUAAUGAAUGUACUGUAUCAAAUGGAAGAUGUUCACAAAUUUGUAACAAUACAGUUGGGAGUUUCUUUUGCAGUUGCCGGAAGGGUUAUGUACUGGAUGGGAAAACUUGCAGAGAUCUAGACGAAUGUGGCGAUGACUUUAAAGCUGGAUGUCAGCAUUAUUGUCAUAACACGGAGGGUCAUCAUACGUGCUACUGUAAGCAUGGUUAUAAAUUGGCCGAUAAUGGUAAAUCUUGUUUAGAUAUUGAUGAAUGUUCAAGUAACGUUUGUCAACAUAUAUGUACAAAUACUGAUGGAGAUUACGAAUGCUCUUGUCAUACUGGAUACAAGCUUUCAGUUGAUAAUUCGACUUGCGAAGAUAUUGAUGAAUGCCGUACAACUGCAAGUUGUAGUAAUGGAUUCUGCCAUAAUUCCCAGGGUUCUUAUUUUUGUUCAUGCACAACCGGCUUUGAGACGAAUGGAGAUAUUUGCUUGGAUAUAGAUGAAUGCUCAAAAGGUAUUAGUGGUUGUCAAAAUAAUUGCACAAACUAUGCUGGUGGUUAUUCUUGUGACUGCUCAAAAGGAUUUGAGCUUGCAUCGGAUGAAAGGUCUUGCAUUGAUAUAGACGAAUGCAGAAUUUCCAAUGGAGGGUGUGAUCACAUCUGUUUUAACUCCCAAGGUUCCUAUUUAUGUGAUUGCUGGCAAGGUUAUGAGAAAUAUGAUAGUGAAUGUCGAGAUUAUGAUGAAUGUUCCAAGAACAAUGGAGGAUGCGAGCAAAACUGUAUUAAUAUAGAUGGAAGUUAUUAUUGCACUUGUAAUUUUGGCCAUAGUUUGGCUCCUAACAGGCAGAACUGCUUGGAUUUUGAUUCUUGUUCAAUUGGAAAUGGCGGUUGUCAAUAUGAAUGCCGAAAAAAUGGUUCAAGUUCGUAUUGUGUUUGUCCUAAAGGUUAUAUUUUGGACGACGAUAACAUGUGCAUCGAUAUCAAUGAAUGCUUACUAGAAGAUCAAAAAUGUCAACAAUUAUGCAUUAACACACAAGGAUCUUAUAGCUGCUCUUGUAAUUCUGGGUUUGUAAUUGCCAAGGAUGGGUUUAACUGUACCGAUUAUAACGAAUGUCAAAGUGACAAAGUAUGUCAGGGAAACUGUAUCAACUUAGAGGGCUUCUACAGGUGUGAAUGUCCUGAAGGUUACUCGCUUAAUGGCGACGGAUACACUUGUGACGAAAGCAGACCGGAUGGGGAUAGAAGUACGAAGGAAACUCCUACUGUAGAGCCGAAUAGUCAAGUACCUUUGAUUACGAAUGGAAAUAACAAACUUGCGACCAAUUACCUGAUAGGCUUAAUAAUAGCCGGAUUAGUAAUAAUAAUGUUAGUAGUGAUUGUCCUGGUGUUUUUAUAUAGAUCAAAGAAGAAGCGCCGGAGAAAUAGAACAACAAGCACUAGUAGUGUAAGAUCUUCCAUAUUACCAGUCCUAAGCGGUCUAGGGGCAACGGGAGGAUCAGAUAUUGAGAAAAUUAAUCCUUGUUUUGAUGGUAAAGAUUUACAACCCCCACCUUAUUCAGAAACGGACGAUUCCCUUCCCAUUAAAGAGGAUGAAUUAAUAAUAUCAGCGGAAAACCUAAUAAAUUUCACUCCGUCUGAUCAAUUAGUAGAAUGCCGACUAAGAUCCAACAUAAAUUUAGAGGAUGGAACAAUAACCGAAACUGAUAUGACAUUAGAAGAAGAGAAUAUAAGUAAUUUUCGAAAGGAAGAAGAAGGAGAAAGAGAAGAAAAGAAUUGA